GCUGUAGCAGUAAACGGACCACCUGAUGAUAUGUACCAACCACCUAUCAUUCCACCACUGACAGGAAUUUAUAGAGGCCUUCAAGAAAAUGCUGUAGAAACAAGAUCAAAUGAGUUCCAUGAUGAUUCUGCGUUUACAGAAAUUAGUUUGAAGGAGUAUGAAUCUCACAUAAGAGGUGAAUUUUGCAUGGUGCAUGACACCGGCUUUUGGGAUACCAACAACCUAAAUGAUGGCGUUAGCCUUGCGACUGCCAUGAAACAUGAAGACAAACUUGUGGCUGAUGAUGGCAUCAAGGAUUUAGGCAACAACGUUAAGAGUGGUGGUAGCCUUACGGUUGAAAAUGGCAUGGAAAAUGUGGAAAAUGAAGCCAACCGUAAGGAUGAUUCUACUAUGACUUAUGAAACAAGCCUUGCGGCUGACAAUAUUGUGGAGGAUCGAGCCAACAACUUAGAGGAUGAAACUGAAACUGACAACAGCGAGGAGGAUACAUCUGGAAUGAAUGAAGCCAACCUUGCAGUUGACAAUAGUGAAGAUGAAUCCAGUAAUGUGAGUGAGACUGGCACGGAUGAUGAGGCACAGAGAACUGCCUUAUCACUCCGUUCAUCUAUGGUAAUU